AUGGCGUCACUCGUUAUAUUCGACUUUGACGGCACGCUGUUCGACACGCACCAGUCCAUCUCGCACAGCAUCAAGCUCACAUUCGAUGCCCUCUCCCCGACUCAAUCGCCACCAGAGUCGGAAGUGCAGCGAUACAUCUCUUCCGGGACAGGCUUGUCGGAUACGUUUCGGGCGCUGACGGCCUCGGUCGGCGUCGCCUUUGACAAGGACACUGAAGCCGAGUGGACGGCAAAAUACCGCGAGGUCUAUGCGUCGGACGGUCAGCCGCUGAUCCGGCCGUUCCCAGGCGCCAAGGAGCUGCUGCAGCACCUCGCGCAGCGAAAGGUCCCGAUGGCCAUUGUCAGCAACAAGGGCGUGGCCGCGGUCGUGACGGCGCUGGCGAGGAGCGGGCUCGCCGACUACGUGCCGCGAGAGCUCAUCGUGGGCGACAGCACGCCCGGGGCGACGCGGAAGCCAGACCCGUCAAGCUACACUGCGGUUCUGCUGCCGGCGGUGACGCAAAUGUACGGUGUCUCGGGCCUGGACGCCGGCAAGGUGCUGGAGGUGGGCGACACCGUGGCGGACGUCCAAUUCGCGAGAAACAUUGGCGCCAAGUCGUGCUGGUGCCGGUUCGGCUACGGCGACGCAAAGGCGUGUGCAGAGUUGGAGCCCGACUAUGUGGUUGAUACCCUGGAGCAGGUCAUUUCAAUCUGCGACGCUCUGUGA